UGGCUGUGUAUUCUGAGUAGGUAUGCUGAGUAUUCAGACUGGCUGUGUAUUCUGAGUAGGUAUGCUGAGUAUUCAGACUGGCUGUGUAUUCUGAGUAGGUAUGCUGAGUAUUCAGACUGGCUGUGUAUUCUGAGUAGGUAUGCUGAGUAUUCAGACUGGCUGUGUAUGCCCUGUGUUUGUUUCCCCAGUCCCCUCUCCAGGAGUCCCUGAUAGACUUCACAGACAGCAACAUGAACAAGGUAGCGGCUGACAUCUCCCUGGCUGUGAUGAAGUUCAUGGGGAUUACCCUCUGAGGGGACAGACAGAACAGGAGCUGGUCUCCACUAUCCUAAAGCUCAGUGGGGAGCACGGUCUGAUGAAAGAUGAAGCCUACUGCCAGGUGAUGAAACAGGUCACAGGAAACACCAGCUGCAAAACGGACAGCUGUCAGAGAGGCUGGAGGCUGCUCUACAUCCUGUCUGCUUUCCAUCGGUGUUCUGAGGUCCUGAAGCCCUUCCUGGUAAAGUUCCUCCUGGACGCCGUCUGUAGUCCUGGGGUCCAUUACCAAGGUAUAGCCAAGGCGUGUGAGCAGAACCUGAGGAAGACGUUCCAGUGCGGAGGAAGAGUACAACACCCCAACAGCAUGGAACUGAAGGCUAUGCUGGCUGGGCGGAGCUCCAAGAGACAGUUGUUCCUCCUACCAGGCGGCAUCGAGAGACAUCUCAAAAUCAAGACCUGCUCAGUGUCUCUGGAUGCCAUAGAGGAGCUAUGUAAUGACAUGGGACUGCACAGACUGGAGGCCAUGGAUGAGUACGCUAUAUUCCUGGUUAUUCACCGAGGUCAGAAUGUCCGUCCCCUCAAUAAGAGAGAGUACAUCCUGGACAUUACUACGGAGGCGGAGCCAGUGGACAGUAACUACAGCCUGUGGUUCAGGAGGGUCGUCUGGACUCAGACGCUCAAAGUUGACAACGAGCUCUGUGUCACCAUGCAUUAUAACCAGGUGUUGCCAGACUAUCUGAAGGCCUUGCUGAGUGUUGUUGCUCAGAGUAAAGCCAGUGAGCAGCAGCUGCAGCAGCUGGCCAAGCUGGGAGCAUUACAGCACCGGGCUAAAGAUACCGUCUUCCUGCCCAGCAUAGGUGAGGUCCAGGACUAUGUCCCUCCACAGCUCUACAUCAGACAGCCUCCUCAGUCCUGGCUCAACAUGGUCACUCAGCAUAUGCAGCAGGUCUCUCCUCUGAGUCCUCACCAGGCCAAGGCUCAGUUCCUCGGUCUGGUCAGCACAUUCCCCAUGUUUGGCUCCUCCUUCUUCUACAUCCAGUCCAGCAGCAGCAUCUCCAUCCCGGCUCCCUGUGUGCUGGCUGUCAACCAGAACGGCCUGCACUUCCUGCACAAGGACUCGCAUGAGGCCACGGUGCGUUACCCUCUGAAGGACAUCCAGUCCACCAGAACCCAGAGACCAACAGGGGCCUCCAGUUCGUCCUGUCCCUACGUAGACAUUCUGCUGGGAGACCUGCUGACUCAGCGCAUCACACAGCUGCACCUGGAACAGGGUCUGGAGCUGUGUCGGGUCAUUGCCAUGCACAUGGAGAACAUGCUGUCUGUCCGGGAGAAGAGACUCACCCUGCCACCUAGCGAGAUCACUCUGUUAUAACACACUGUCUGUCUGUCUGUCUGUCUGUCUGUCUGUCUGUCUGUCUGUCUGUCUGUCUGUCUGUCUGUCUGUCUGUCUGUCUGUCUGUCUGUCUGUCUGUCUGCCUGGGAGAAGAGACUCUGGUAGAUUUGAUCGUUCUGUCUCUGAAUCAGCGGCGGAGGUGUUUUCAGAUGGACCAUCUCUUCCUGAAUCAGCGGAGGUGUUUUCAGAUGGACCAUCUCUUCCUGAAUCAGCGGCGGAGGUGUUUUCAGAUGGACCAUCUCUUCCUGAAUCAG